AUGGCGGCCGUCUGCGAUACGCCGCUGUGGGAUACAAAUUUAACAUGGGAUACACCUGAUCCAGACUUCACACCUUGCUUUCAGAAGUCUAUUUUAGCUCUUGUUCCAUGUUUUUUCCUUUGGCUGGUUAUACCCUUCAGAAUAUUGCAGCUAUGGCAUGCUCAUGUCGGGAUUAUACCAUGGAACUGGCUGUCUGUGUUGAAGAUGGCAGUUGCUGGUGUCCUGUUUGCAUUUGCUGCAUACGAAUUCUGUUUUGUCAUUGCUGAAGCAGCAGAUGGGGAAAGUAAACCUCCGAUAGAAUUUCUCUCUCCAUUUGCUGUACUAGUUACCAUGAUUCUGGUUAUGAUUCUGCUAAACCUAGAGCGCAAGCGAGGUAUAAGAUCUUCAAGCGUCCUGACAUUGUUUUGGCUGCUGUUUCUAUUUUGUGGAAUCAUCCGCUUGCGAUCAGUCAUAAAAGAAGCCAUGAGAACAGGAGAUGUUUCACCGUCACUAUUUGUGCAUUACCCAUGUUUGCUGUUUGCAACCCUCCUGUCAGUAUUUGUUGAUCAGAAGCCAGAAUUUGGGUAUCAGGAUGAAGGAGAGAAUCCUUGCCCAGAAAAAGAUGCUUCAUUCUUGUCCCGUAUUACUUUCUGGUGGUUUACUAGUUUGGUGGUCCAGGGAUACAAAAGGUCACUGACACAAGCUGACCUGUGGUCACUGAAUAAAGAAGACACAGCAGAAUAUGUCGCUCAGAAGUUUUACAAAAACUGGAAUCUUAAUAAAGAAGUUCCGGUUCAUGCUGUUGCCAAUGGGGGUGCUAAUGAGACAAGUUUCAUCUUCAAGGAGGGAAGUGCUAUUCUGGCAACUUACAACCCUGGUGCCGAAGAAGCCAAAUCUCCAAAACGUAAUUUAUUUCCAGCUUUGGUUAGGACGUACUUUUGGUUCUUUCUACAAGCGGGGCUGUUUAAACUGUUUCAAGACAUCCUGACCUUUGUCAAUCCCCAGUUGUUGAAGCUUCUGAUUCAGUUUACCAGCUCCAGCGAGUACACCUGGCGUGGUUAUUUCUACACAACUCUGCUGCUGGUUGUUGCCUUGGUGCAGUCUAUUUUGCUUCACCAGUACUUCCACUGCACAUUCUUGCUGGGAAUGAGAAUUAGGUCGACAAUCAUCGCUGUGGUCUACAGAAAGACUCUAAGGCUAUCAAACUCGGCCAAGAAGACCUCAACUGUCGGAGAGAUAGUUAAUCUGAUGUCUGUGGACGCACAGCGUUUUAUGGACCUAACCACUUACAUUCACACAAUUUGGUCAGGUCCGCUGCAGAUUUGUCUGGCUCUGUAUUUUCUGUGGCAAACCCUGGGUCCGUCUGCUCUGGCUGGUAUAGCAGUGAUGGUUCUACUCAUCCCCAUCAAUGCAGUCAUAGCCCAUAAAUCAAGGAAAUAUCAGACUAUUCAAAUGAAACUAAAAGAUUCAAGAAUCAAAUUGAUGAAUGAGAUUUUAAAUGGUAUCAAGGUUUUAAAGCUUUACGCUUGGGAAGGUUCUUUCCAGGAGAAAGUGCUUGAUAUUCGCAAUCAGGAAUUAGUGGUGCUCCGGAAGAUGGCAAUACUGAAUGCACUGGCAGUGUUUUUCUGGACCUGUGCUCCUGUUCUGGUUUCUUUGACUACAUUUGGGGUGUUUGUACUUUCAUCCCCUGACAAUGUACUGGAUGCAGAAAAAGCAUUUGUGUCGUUGGCCUUGUUCAACAUUUUACGUUUCCCUUUGUCCAUGGUGCCCAAUGUGAUUACCAGUGUGGUGCAGACGAACGUGUCACUGCAGAGGAUACAGAAGUUUCUGGACAAUCCAGAACUAGAUCCUGAUUGUGUGGAGAGACAAGAAUAUGGCAAAUAUGGUGUGCGUGUGGAGAAUGGCACUUUUGAGUGGGAGGAAGGACACCCCACCCUGUCUAACAUCAACCUCGACAUAGAGGAGGGAGAGCUAGUGGCUGUUGUUGGAGCAGUUGGUUCUGGAAAGUCUUCGUUACUUUCAGCAAUCCUUGGUGAGAUGACCAAAGUUACUGGCACAGUUUCUGUCAAGGGUUCAGUGUCUUAUGUAGCCCAACAGGCAUGGAUACAAAAUGAUACUCUCCAGAACAACAUUCUUUUCAGCAAGCCUUUAGAACACAGUUUUUACUCCAAAGUUAUCGAAGCCUGUGCCCUGCAACCAGACCUCGACAUCCUCGGGGCAGGAGAUAAGACGGAGAUCGGUGAAAAGGGAAUAAACUUAUCUGGAGGUCAGAAACAAAGGGUAUCACUUGCUAGAGCAGUGUACCAGGAUGCAGACGUAUACCUUUUGGACGAUCCACUCUCAGCCGUGGACUCUCAUGUGGGGAAGCACUUGUUUGACAAGGUCAUCGGGCCUGAAGGAAUGCUCAAAGGGAAGACUCGAGUACUGGUCACACAUGGGAUUGGAUUCUUGCCGCAAGUAGACAAGAUAAUUGUGCUUGUUAAUGGAGAAAUCUCUGAAAGUGGCUCAUUCUCAGAGCUGUUAAAAUACAAUGGAGCUUUUGCUGAAUUUCUGAGAAACUACUUGACAGAGUUGAACAGUGAAGAUCCUGCAUUACAAGAUCUUGAAGUGCUGAGCAUAAGGGAUGAGAUUAUUAGCCAGCUGGAGGCGACCAUUGAUCACAAAGACAUUUUGGAAAGGCGAGUUUCUGUGAUAAAUGAACGGAUACGUAAACAGUCUUUGAAAGCAAGUAAUCCAUCUCUGAACAACUCAUCACCAACACCGAAGAGGAGAUACACAAAAUCUGACAUCAUGGAUCAGGAAGAGAAGAAACCACUGAAGAAAGAUGACAGCAAAUUAGUACAGGCUGAGACAAUGGAAACUGGAACAGUCAAGCUGAAUGUGUACAUGACCUAUGUCCGAGCUAUUGGUAUCAUGUUGAGCCUGGUGAUCAUCUUGUUCAGCAUUCUCUUCAACGCCACUGGUAUCUAUUCCAACAUCUGGCUGAGUCAGUGGAGCAACGAUGCUCGCAACCCCAACAUCACUGCAGAUGCAAGCAACAGAAAUAUGAGGCUGGGAGUUUAUGGUGCUCUAGGUAUUAUUCAGGGUAUAAUUAUAUUUGUGGCGUCACUUAUGCGCCUUCUUGGAGCUAUCAAAGCAUCACGAGUUCUACACAUUGGAAUUUUAUCCAAUGUAAUUCGAAGUCCUAUGAGUUUUUUUGACACUACACCAAGCGGGCGUAUCGUCAACCGCUUCAGCAAAGACCUGGACACUUUAGACAUUAUGGUUCCGAUGCUCAUUGGGAUGUUUCUGAACUGCAUGUUCCAAACGGCCUCCACCUUGCUGGUGAUUUCCUUUUCCACACCAUUGUUCCUGGCGGUCGUUGUACCUUUGUUGAUCUUCUAUUACUUUGUGCAG